UUAAUUCAAGUAUGUGUAUUUACUUAGAAAUAAAAUUAUUUGUUAACAAAGACCAUUUCCACAUAGAGUCAUACGAUAAUUAACCUCCGGCAAGAAGUUAAAGCCAACCACGUCCUUAAAUUCCUUCUAUAAUAUCGAUUAGUCUCCAUUUAAUCAAAGCUUUAAAGCUUUUCUGAAGAAAAUGCCUCUUGUUGAGCUUCUUACAAGUGCUGCUCUUGGAUUGUCCCUCCAACUCCUUCACGACGCCAUCAUAAGAGCCAAGGAGAGAUCCUUAAUCACAAGAUGUAUAUUGGACCGUCUCGAUGCUACACUCCAUAAGAUAACUCCAUUUGUCAUUAAGAUCGAUACCCUCACCGAAGAAGUCGAUGAACCUUUCAGAAAAGUCAUCGAAGAGCUUAAACGUCUUCUCGAGAAAGCCAUUCGUCUCGUUGAUGCUUAUGCGGAGCUUAAACUCCGAAACUUACUCAGGAAAUAUAGGUACAAGAGAAGAAUCAAGGAGUUGGACUCUUCUUUGAGAUGGAUGAUAGAUGUGGAUGUUCAAGUCAAUCAAUGGCUGGAUAUCAAAAAACUUAUGGGUAAGAUGUCUGAAAUGAACACUAAACUCGAUGAUAUUACGCGUCAACCAAUGGAUAUCAUCGAAGCAACUGGUCGAUCUUCUGAAGAAGAUGGAUGCACAAAGCCAACGAUUGAUAUACACUUUCGAUGGAAAAACCAGACCAAAGAGCACGAGAUCCGGUUCAUCUUCAAAUGAUUUGUUAAUGUAACGAUCGUGUCCUAGACCACAAAAUGUUUUUUGAGAAAAAAAAAACUCAACAAAUGUGAUAUAGUUUUUGGAGUGUUGGAAUUAUUGUAGGUGAAUGUGUGAUGUAAGUAUUAAUUUACCAACAUUUUAUCUUAUUACUUUUGUUAAGCAUUUUAUAUUGUUA